AUGACCAGCAAGACUGUGGUGAAAAUUGCUGCUGAACAAUGGCUGCCAUACACGUACGUCACCAAGCAGCCCUGGGGAAAUCUGACCGCCGGAGGACCAAUAGGAAACCUUCUUGAUAUAUUCGUCCAGUACCUGAAGUUCGAGUACGAGCUGGUGCGUCCCCCGGAUUCCUACUGGGGCAUCAAGUUCCCCAAUGGCACCUGGAAUGGCAUGAUGGGAAUGGUGCACCGGAACGAGGUGGAGAUGGCGCUGGGGCCUUUCGCGGUGACGGCGCAGCGAGAGGAGGACAUUGACUUCUCGAUGGCAGUGCUGACGGAUAACCAGGCCAUCAUCACCACCAGACCCACGCUGCAGGAUGACGUGGCAGGCUUCCUCAGACCCUUCGACUACAAGGUGUGGCUACUGGUGCUGCUCAGCACGGUGGGCAUGGCGUGCGGCAUGGUCAGCGUGGUGGAAGGCGAGGGGAAGGUCUUCGUUGAAAAGCCUAAGAACAUCUUGUCCAAGACGUGUCUUUGGAUCUUGACCACGCUCACGCAGGAGAGCUCCGAGUGGCUGCCACCCCAUGAUGCAGGCCGCGUGCUGGUCACCACCUGGCUGCUGGCGUCCUUGGUCUUCAUGUCUUCUUACGGUGGCAUCCUCACCGCCAUGCUCACCGUGCCGCGGGUCACCAUCCCCAUUGACUCCCUGGCAGACCUGGUGGCGCAGGAUGAUCUACCCUGGAAGCUGGAGUCAGGAGCGACGAUGCUGACGCUACUGCAGGAAUCCAAGGACGAGGUGCGGCAGAAGGCUUACUACGGCAUGGGCGGCACCAUACCUGACUGCUGGUCGGCGCGCCACGGCCUCAUCCAGGGGGAGUUUGCUGCCGUGUGUGACAUGAUGACGAUGAAGAAGACUAUCUCGUGGGACUUCAGCACCUCAGGCGAGUGUCACCUGUACAUCGCCCAGGAAAAGGUUUAUUCCAACCUCAUGGUGUCUCUCGCCUUCCGCGUGGACUCCUUCCUCCUGGAGGGCGCCAAUGAAAUCAUCUCCAGGCUUCUCGAGGCGGGGAUCCUCAACUACUGGCUGAGCUCCGAGACUUCCAACACCACACAAUGCCUUAAGCCGCCCACCGGUGACCGAAGCAAGGGCGUGCAGCCUCUGCCGCUCAGCUCCAUGCUUGGCACCAUGCUGCUCAUGGCUGCAGGUUGGUCACUGGCUCUUCUGACCUUCAUUGGAGAAAACAUAAUCGUGACCAUCAACACUCCAUCUCCGCGAUCUGUGAUACGAUAACCAACACCACCACCUCCGGAACGACGCACGGGAAACACUACUCCACGAACAGGGCAACGUGUCACUCUAAUGUAUCGGCGCUGGCUGGCAAUAUAUCAUGUCAAUAAACAA